CACCAAUGGUUGUUGGGUAUCUGGUGGGGAAGCCAUCACCGCCAUCUUUAGGAGCAAAGUUGCGCGGACGCGGGUUUUAGUAUACCCAAAGUUGAUCAUAAAGUGCGCCGGCUUUUGUAAACCCGCUGUUUGUGCUUUAAUUACAAGGAAUAUUAAGAGCCUAGAUAUUAAGGAUUAAUCAGUAAAUAAGACAAAUAUAAAUUAGAGACAAUGGGUGCGAAACAGUCCAGGAGGUCAGUCGACAUCACCACAUCGCCGAAGAAAGGAGAGGCCGAGAGUCCCGUCGAGGGUGAAGGAAAAGUGGAGAAGAUCGGCGAUCUGGACGCCAAGGUCACGACGAACGGAACCGCACCUCACACCGAAAUAGAAUUCGCGGACAAAGAGGAAGGCGAGAAGAAGGAAGAUGGCGAUGUGAUAAAGGCCAACGGUGUGCCCGAGGCGGCCGCCGCAGCAGCAGCAGAAUCCACAGAGGCUAAGACGCCUGUGGAGGCGGAGGGCGGAGAUCAGCUGAACGAGACAGCAACCACCACAGAGGUGAGCACGGAGAAGAGCACGGACGAGAAGAGCUCCGACGAGAAGGCCGACGAGACACCGGACAAGGAGAAGAAAAAGAAAGAGAAGAAAAAGAAGUGGUCUUUUCGGACAAUCUCGUUCUCCAAAAAGUCAAAGCCCAGCAAGGACAUUGAUAAGAACGGUGAUGUGAAGGAGGAGGAAGAGGGAGCCGAAGCCACUUCCCCAACUGUUGAGAGCCCAAAGGCCGAGGGUGAGAAGACCACCACCCCAGUAGUCGAGGCCGAAGAGAAGCCAGCGGCAGUGACCAACGGUGAGGCCACAACCGAAGAGGUAAAGGCCGUCGAGCCUGAGAAGCCAGCAGCAGCAGCCACCCCAGUCGCGGAAGCAGCGCCAGCUGAAGAAGCUAAGCAAGAGGAGGCGGCGGCUCCAGCCCCCGCUGCACCGGCAGCUGCCGAAGAAAAGGAAGAACCUAAAGUGGAGGAACCUCCGAAAGUAGUCGAAGAAGAACAACCCCAAGCUCCCACAACCACUGAGGAACCUAAACCCGUUGAACCCGUGGUCGAGGAGACGGCCAAAGAGGUGCGUACCGAGGAAGUCCCUCCUCCAUUACCUUCCUCUAACCCUCCUUCCCCGGUGACGGUUUUCGCUGAGUCGACCAAAGCAGAUGCGGUCCCAGUGGGUCAACUUCCAUCCGCGCCGACGGAAACUGUCUCUGAGCAGCAGCAACAACAACAACCCACGCCCUCAGAGGCAGUCGCCGCCGCCCCCGUCGCUGAGUCACAGCCCGCCCCCGCCGAGCCGGAAGUUAUCGUUUCCGCUCAGGCCGCCCCGACUUUAGCUGAACCACCUAAACCCGCUGCUGAAGCCGCCACCACCACCACUUCCGACCUCGAGGUCGCCAAGCAGGAGGAACCUGUGAAGGCUCCAGAACCAGAGAAGGCCUCAGAGUCUACCGAAAAGCUUCCUGAACCGGAGAAGAUUGCGGAACCAGAGAAGGCUCCAGAAUCCGCUGAAAAGCUUCCAGAACCCGAGAAGAUCGCAGAGUCCGCUGAGAAGCUUCCAGAAAUCGAAAAGGUCGUGGAAACGAUUCCUGAGAAGGCCCCAGAAACGUCUGAGAAAGCUCCAGAAUCGGAACCGAAAAAACCUGCAGAGAAAGCAGCUGAAGAUCUAGAAAAACUCCCAGAGAAAGCACUUGAAUCUCCGGAAAAGCCAGCAGAGAAAGCUCCUGAAUUUCCUGAAAAGCCAGCGGAGAAAGUACCAGAUUCUCCUGAAAAGCCAGCAGAGAAAGUAACAGAAUCUCCUGAAAAGCCAUCAGAGAAAGCACCGGAAUCUCCGGAGAAGGCACCGGAAUCUCCAGAAAAGAUUCCCGAACAAGCAUCUGAAUCUCCUGAAAAGCAAGCAGAAAAAGCACCCGAAUCUCAAGCGGUCGAAACAGUUCCUCAACCAGAGAAGGCUCCAGCGGUAGCAGAGUCUGUGCCAGAACCAGAAACGGUGAAAGAGCCAGAGACAUCUCCUAAGGCUGUAGAAGAAACUGAAACGCAAAUUCCUGAAGUCGAAACCAAGCAACCUGAAGCCGUGAAAGAGGCGGAACCAGAAAAGAAGGUGGUCGAAGAAGAAGCUAAGAAAUCGAAUGAAACUGAGGCAAUUCCAGAAGCUCAGUUGGACGCUGCAGCGGCUGUGGCGGAGGCGGUUCAGCCUACAUCUCUUCCAGAGCCGGUGUCGUCCCCCCUCAGUUCCGAAACUAUCACCCCCGUGGUCAUCAAUGCCGCCGAUUCCCUGCCGGACAUCUCCACCGAAUCUUCACUUCCUUCCCUUCCCGAGCAACCAUCCACGGAUAGCUUGCCGGAACCAAUGUCCCUGCCCCCAAUCGACGCCGCCCCCGAGCCAAUCGCACCCGAGGCGAUCGUCGCUCCCGAGGCCCCAAAAACCGUUACAGAUAUUCCCAUCCCCGGCGAAGCCGUCGUUCUCACCAAUGGGAACGCGAAUGGACUGCCUUCGCCCGUUGAAAAUGGUGACGCGAAGCCACCACAAUCCAUUGAUGGACCUCUGAAACAGGUUGUUGCCGCAACCCUCGAGGAAAGGAGAGAUGAUGGAGACAAGACGGCCGAAGUUGUGGAAGCGCCCGCAGCUGCAGCCGCCGCCACCGUCGAGGAGUAAGUUCAGCACACGAACCGCGACAACCCCGCCACCCCCCCAACUUUUUUUUUUGAAUUGUUUAUAUUAUAUAAUGGGAACUCUUUUUUUUUUAAUGUGUUAAACCAAAAAAAAAUACUGCAAAAAAAUUAUAUAUUAUAUUGAUGAAAAAAGAAGUAUAACAAAAAGCGGAUCAUUCCUUGGGCAGUGACCGUUGUUCGACCAAAAGAAAAACCAACAAACUGCCAAUCUAAUUAGACUAUUUAUAUUUACGGAAAAAAAAAAAAAAUUUUGAAAUUGUGAAGAGUUAAAAGUAACGAUCGGAGGAGAAGUUUUGUAGAUCCACUUCGCACGCGCGCAAAAUUUUCGAACGAAACGUUCUUUGUUUUUUUUUUUUAAAUUUUUAUUAAAUAAAUUAAAUACUCUCGAUGAAAACGUCUUCAUGAAUGGAAAGAAAAGAAAGAACGUUUCGUGGAGAUUCGAUUUCAUAAACGUGACAUAAACGACGUUCAAUUUAAAACAUUAAAAAUCAUAAGCAUAUACAAUUGUAAAAAAUAGUGUUUAGCGAUUUUAGUAUAUUUAGAGCUUCAUUCAAUAAAAAACUGGAUGGAUUAAUUCGUAAAGAAAUCCCAUCAUCACACACAUCAUUAAAAGAAAAGAAAAGAAAAGAAAAAGAGUUAUCAACAAAAACCCUUAAUAAUAAUGAAUCAGAAAACGAGAGAUAUUUUCGUAAAAAAAUAGUCCUUUUUGUACUGCUUUUUGUAAAGAAGAAGAA